CGGGGCCCGCAGGCUGCCGCCCCGGCGCGGUCCCGGCGGGGGCGGUGCGGGCCCCUCCUGCCCGGGCUGCUGGGAGUUGUGGUCCGCGGCGGCGGCGGCGAGCGGAGCGGAGCGGAGCGGAGCGGAGCGGCGGCCCCGCACGGCCCGGCCCGGGCAGCAGAGCCUCCCUCCAGCGCCGCCUUUCAGGAUGACUGGCCUGGGAGCACCGGCGGGGACCCUCCGGGGACGUCACUGCUGACCCGCGGCACUGGGACCCCUGGGCAGCCCGACCACCCGCCUCCCCGGGAGCUGCCGGCUGCUGCCGCCGAUGCAGAGCCCCCGGGCGUGCGGGGGAGAGCCGCAGCUCCGCUUCCCCAUGGCAGCCCCUUCCCCCCGCGCCCCGGCCCAGCUGCAUGGUGUGGGUGCCUCUGAGGACCACGAGGACUGACCGCCGGGCCCCCCUGCGCGCACCCCCCACCCGCUGCACCACCAUGUCUUUGGAGUGGCUGAUGGACUGGAGCUGGUCCCUGGACGGACUCCGGGAUUUCAUCGCCACUGGCAUCCAGUCUUUCCGGGACUGCGACGCCACCGCCCUCGCCGCCGUCGCCUGCCUCCUGGUCCUCUUCAUGUGGUACUGCUACCACGUGGGGCGGGAGCAGCCCCGCGCCUACGCCACCGUCAACGCCCUGAUGCAGAGCGCCGAGGCCAACGGCGUGCAGAACGGGUACGUCUACUGCCACUCGCCCGAGUGCGUGCGCUGCACGCAUCACGACGGGCUCAACCAGAAACUCUACCACAACCUGCAGGAGUACGCCAAGCGCUACUCCUGGUCCGGCAUGGGCAGGAUCCACAAGGGCAUCCGCGAGCAGGGCCGCUACCUCAACAGCCGGCCGUCCAUCCAGAAGCCAGAAGUCUUCUUCUUGCCGGACUUGCCGACCAUGCCCUAUUUCUCCCGGGACGCUCAAAAGCACGACGUGGAGUUGCUGGAGCGCAACUUCCAGACCAUCCUGUGCGAGUUUGAGACCCUCUACAAAGCUUUCUCAAACUGCAGCCUCCCGCAAGGAUGGAAAAUGAACAGCACGCCGAGCGGGGAGUGGUUCACCUUCUACCUGGUGAACCAGGGCAUGUGCGUGCCCAGGAACUGCAGGAGAUGCCCACGGACGUACCGCUUGCUCGGGAGCCUUCGCACCUGCAUUGGGAACAAUGUCUUUGGGAACGCGUGCAUCUCCGUGCUGAGCCCGGGCACCGUCAUCGCCGAGCACUACGGACCCACCAACAUCCGCAUCCGCUGCCAUCUAGGUCUGAAGACACCCAGCAACUGCGAGCUGGUGGUGGGGGGUGAGCCUCAGUGCUGGGCUGAGGGCCGCUGCCUGCUCUUCGACGACUCCUUCCUGCACACGGCGUUUCACGAAGGUCCCCCAGAGGAGGGUCCCCGCGUGGUCUUCAUGGUGGAUCUGUGGCACCCCAACGUCGCUGCUGCGGAGCGCCAAGCCCUCGACUUUAUCUUUGCCCCGGGACGAUGACAGCGCUGCCCGGUGUCAGGGGUUUGAGGGCAGCCGGCGUGCGGGCGGCCGUGCCGGCUCGGCUCUGCCACGGGUCCAGCGCCGCACGUGGACGCCUGCCGCACUGGAAGCUUCCUCCCAGCACACGGCCUCGGGGUGCUCCCUCCCAGGGGCUCUUGUAAAUGGAAACUGCGACGUGUAUCAAUGCCCAUCUCUUUCCUUCCAUCGUUGGCUUCAGGGAUUAUUUUCCACCAUGACAGUGCAUCGCCUUCCCUCCGUGGUUAGCUGCAGCACCACUCUCGUACGUGUUAUGUUGCUACUGUGUUUUGCGGUGUUCAGAAGUAGAGUAACAAAAGCAAGGGUGUUUGUUUGAAUGUGAUAAUGUAAAACUUCUCGUGGUCAUCAAAAGAACAACACACACACGUUCCAAAACAGCAAACCAGCCAAACAGCCCAGCGCUGCGCUCAGCCUGCCCUGUCCCGGUUGCAGUCCCUGGAUGGACGGACAGACGGACGGAUGCCGGGGGCUGCAGAGAGCCCAGUGCGCCCCCAGGCAGGGGGGUGCUCAGGCUGGGGCAGGCAGGGCAGCGCAGGCAGGGCAGCGCUCUGCCCACAGAGAUCUCUUGCGCCACAAGCCCGGGGGUUCCUGCUUCCUCCCUCGCAUGCCCACAGGACCCCGGCACGUGGCUCCCGGCCCUCCUGCCUCGAGAAACCUUUUUGCAACGCGGGCAGCGAGAAGAGCACGACGCCGGGUGCCCCCAGCCCCAGCAAGCCCCACCAUACGCCCUGUCCGAGGGGACAGCACACAUGGAGCCCCGCUCUUUAAUCUGACCAAGGGCGUUACCCAUUGCCUCAGUCCCCUCCUUGCUGUGUAUCUGCAGCCUUCGGUUUUCACAGCUCAAGCCAGGAAGCCCCUGCAGGGGCAGGGACGCUGCUCGGGAAUGCAGAGCAGGGCUUUUGUUUGUCCGCAGACAAAGGCCAGGGAAGAAAGGAGGUCAGGCUUCCUUCUGCUGCUCCAUCUUCUCCUGUCCUGGAACCAGAGCAAGUGCACAGAGCGGCAGCUCACACAUAGCUGACAGCAAAGGAAAGGUUUCCAAAGGCAAGGGGUGUUUAAUUCUGCAGCCCAAGGGACGAGCCCUCCACCCCCUCGGAGUCCUGCCUGCCCAGCAACCAACACGCUUUUCCUGAAGUCGCCCAGCAUCCAGGGUUGGGUCGGGGGUUUCGGGGUUCAGAGCUACCAUACGGUUUAUAACGUGCUACCCGUGAAGCACAGCAUGUCGUGGGUGCUCACCGCUGUCCUUGUGCAUCUGGUGGGGAAGUGGCCUCGGCACAGCGUUGGGGACCGCUCGCCUCCGCACCCUGCCCGGGAGGGAACGCAGCCCCGUUCCCCUACGAUUUCUUUACAGAUUUUUUUCAGUGAUUAGAUUGCAAGAUAAGGCAGAGAUUUCAAAUACAUCCGAGAUAUUUUUUACACCUGUCUUGUUACAGAAUAUCUGACGUGCAUGAUUUCUACACGCAUUGACUACCUGGAACCAGACCCUGAGGAAGCAGGCUGGCUUGGUAACUGUCUUACAGUUUGGUAACAUUCAUACAGUGGAUAAGCAAAGAUUAUCAAUAAACAGUUGUGC